ACCCUGCAUUCACUUUAUCUGGUCUCUCACAGACCCUGUUUCACUAUAUCUGGUCUCCCACAACCCUGCAUUCACUCUGUCUGGUCUCCCACAGACCCUGCAUUCACUUUAUCUGAUCUCCCACAGACCCUGCAUUCACUAUAUCUGAUCCCCCACAGUACACAGAACAUGGAAAUGAAAAUAUUUUAGUAAAUAUAAACUGCUAAAUACCUUUUCUCAUCAGCAGUGUUUAGCAGGCUUGUGACUUCUAUCAGUGUCUGGUCAAGCACUGGUUAAUCUUGUAAAAGGAGUUUUCAUUCUCCUCU